GCUCCAUCGCCGCUCCUGGCGCGGCUGCGAGGGCUCCGCAACGGGGCAGCGAAGGUGUCGCUGCUGCUGGGGGACGAGGAGGAGGGGGGAUGGAAGAGGACGAGCGGCAGGAAGAGGAAGAGGAGGGACAAAGGCGGAUCGGGGCUGAGCAGACGGAGGCAGGCGCUGGAGCCCUGGGUGAAUUCGCAGCCCCCAGGUGUGGGAUCAUCGCCCCCCAUCCCGCAGGAUUUCCCGUUGCCAAGCCCUGGGAGGCUCUGAGGAAGAGGAAGAUGUCCCAGGAGGCGCAGGCAGGUGAGGAGGAAGUGCUUGUCCUUCCUCCCCCAGAGCAGGAGCUGAGGCUGGAGAGCAGGGAGGACAAAUCCCCGGGGCAGAAGCUCGUGGCAGAGGCCGUUUGGAGCGGCUCCACGGCGCAGGAAGGCAACGGGGAGGAAAAGGCCUGGAGAUGCCGCACGAGGAGGGGCUGCAAAGGCAGAUGGCGGCGAGCUGAGGGGGAAAGACCCAGCCUGGGCCGGGAAGGCGGCCGGAGAUGGAGCCAGAGCUCGGAGCUGGUGCUCCAUGAGCAGCCCCAUGAUGGGGAGAAGCCCCACACGUGCGGGGAGUGUGGGAAGAGCUUCAGGUGGAGCUCCAGCCUGAUCAGGCACCAGAGGACUCACACAGGGGAGAGGCCCUACGAGUGUGGGGAGUGUGGGAAGAGCUUCAGGUGGAGCUCCAGCCUCAUCCUGCACCAGAGGACUCACACUGGUGAAAAGCCUUUCCAGUGUUCCGUGUGUGGGAUGCGCUUCAGCCAUAGGUCCAGCCUAAUCGGCCACCAGUGGACCCACACUGAGGAGAGGCCCUACGAGUGUUCCAAGUGUGGGAAGAGGUUUAAGAUUAGCCCCCAUCUCCUCAAGCACUAUCAGAUUCACACAGAGGAGAAGCCCUUCCGCUGCACGGACUGUGGGAUGGGAUUCAAGCGCAACUCCCACCUCGUCAAGCACCGGCGCAUCCACACCGGGGAGAGGCCCUACGAGUGUGGGGAGUGCGGGAAAUGCUUCAGUGGGAGCUCCGACGUGAUCAGGCACCAGAGAAUCCACACUGGGGAGAAGCCCUACAAGUGUGGGGAGUGUGGGAAGAGCUUCACGUCCAGCUGGGACCUCAUCAAGCACCAGAGGACCCACACUGGGGAGAGACCCUACGAGUGUUCCAAGUGUGGGAAGAGAUUUCAGACAAGCUCCAGUCUCUUUCUGCACUAUCAGAGUCACACAGAGGAGAGGCCCUUCUGCUGCCCCGACUGUGGGAAGGGAUUCAAGCACAACUCCUCCCUUGCCAGACACCAGCGCGUCCACACCGGGGAGAGGCCCUAUGAGUGUGGGGAGUGUGGGGAGAGCUUCAGGUGCAGCUCCAACCUGAUCAGGCACCAGAUAAUCCACACUGGGGAGAGGCCCUAUGAGUGUUCCAAGUGUGGAAAGAGAGUUCAGACCAGCUCCAGUCUCCUCCAGCACUAUCAGAGUCACACAGAGGAGAGGCCCUUCCGCUGCCCCGACUGCGCGAAGGGAUUCAACCGCAACUCCGACCUCGUCAAGCACCGGCGCAUCCACACCGGGGAGAGGCCCUACGAGUGUCCCCAGUGUGGGAAGAGCUUCUCACAGCGCUGUAACCUGGUGCUCCAUGAGCAGCCCCAUGAUGGGGAGAAGCCCCACACGUGCGGGGAGUGUGGGAAGAGCUUCAGUAAUAGCUCCAACCUUAUCAGGCACCAGAGGACCCACACUGAGGAGAGGCCCUACGAAUGUUCCAAGUGUGGGAAAAGGUUUAAGACCUGCUCCCAUCUCCUCCAGCACUAUCAGAUUCACACAGAGGAGAAGCCCUUCUGCUGCCCCGACUGUGGGAAGGGAUUCAAGUGCAACUCCGACCUUGUCAUCCACCGGCGCAUCCACACUGGGGAGAGGCCCUACGAGUGUGGGGAGUGUGGGAAGAGCUUCAGGUGCAGUUCCAGCCUGAUCAAGCACCAGAGGACCCACACUGGGGAGAGGCCAUACGAGUGUUCCAAGUGUGAGAAGAGAUUUCAGACCACCUCCAAUCUCCUACGGCACUAUAUGAGUCACGCAGAGGAGAAGCCCUUCCGCUGCCCCGACUGUGGGAUGGGAUUCAACCUCAACUCCCGCCUCGUCAGCCACCGGUGCAUCCACAAUGGGGAGAGGCCCUACGAGUGUAGGGAGUGUGGGAAGAGCUUCAGGUGCAACUCCCACCUGAGGAGGCACCAGAUAAUCCACACUGGGGAGAGGCCCUACGAGUGUUCCAAGUGUGGAAAGAGGUUUCAGACCAGCUCCCAUCUCCUCCAGCACUAUCAGAGUCACACAGAUGAGAGGCCCUACCGCUGCCCCGACUGCACGAAGGGAUUCAAGCACAAUUCCGACCUCGUCACGCACCGGCGCAUCCACACUGGGGAGAGGCCCUACGAGUGUCCCCAGUGUGGGAAGAGCUUCUCACAGCGCAGUAACUUGACCCGACACCAACGGAGCCACCGCUAAGGGAAGGCCUGCGAGCGCCCCGAGUGCGGGAAGAGCUUUGUCCAGAGCUCGGAGCUGGUGCUCCAUGAGCAGCCCCAUGAUGGGGAGAAGCCCCACACGUGCGGGGAGUGUGGGAAGAGCUUCAGUAAAAGGUGCGACUUGAUCAAGCAUCAGAGAACCCACACAGGGGAGAGGCCCUACGAGUGUGGGGAGUGUGGGAAGAACUUCAGGUGGAGCUCCAGCCUGAUCCUGCACCAGAGCAUCCACACAGGGGAGAGGCCCUACGAGUGUGGGGAGUGUGCUAAGAGCUUCAGUAAAAGGUCUGACUUGAUCAAGCACCAGAGAACCCACACAGGGGAGAGGCCCUACGAGUGUGGGGAGUGUGGGAAGAGCUUCAGGUGGAGCUCCAACCUUAUCAGGCACCAGAGGAUCCACACUGGUGAAAAGCCUUUCAAGUGUUCCGUGUGUGGGAUGCGCUUCAGCCAUAGGUCCAGCCUAAUCGGCCACCAGAGGACCCACACUGAGGAGAGGCCCUACAAGUGUUCCAAGUGUGGGAAAAGGUUUAAGAUUAGCCCCCAUCUCCUCCGGCACUAUCAGACUCACACAGAGGAGAAGCCCUUCCGCUGCACGGACUGUGGGAUGGGAUUCAAGGAAAACUCCCACCUCGUCAAGCACCGGCGCAUCCACACUGGGGAGAGGCCGUACGAGUGUGGGGAGUGUGGCAAGAGCUUCAGGUGCAGCUCCAGCCUGAUCCUGCACCAGAGGAUCCACACAGGGGAGAGGCUCUACGAGUGUGAUCAAUGCAGGAAGAGGUUUCAGACCAGCUCCAGUCUCCUCCGACACUAUCGGAGUCACACGGAGGAGAGGCCCUUCCGCUGCCCCGACUGCGCGAAGGGAUUCAGGCACAACUCCGACCUUAUCAGGCACCGGCGCAUCCACACUGGGGAGAGGCCCUACGAGUGUGAGGAGUGCGGGAAAUGCUUCAGCGGGAGCUCCGACGUGAUCAGGCACCAGAGAAUCCACACUGGGGAGAAGCCCUACAAGUGUGGGGAGUGUGGGAAGAGCUUCAGUGACAGAUCCGGCCUGAUCAGUCACCAGAGGACCCACACUGGGGAGAGGCCCUACGAGUGUUCCAAGUGUGGGAAGAGAUUUCAGACAAGCUCCCAUCUCCUCCAGCACUAUCAGAGUCACACAGAGGAGAGGCCCUUCUGCUGCCCCGACUGUGGGAAGGGAUUCAAGGACAACUCCCAGCUCGUCAGGCACCGGCGCGUCCACACUGGGGAGAGGCCCUACGAGUGUGGGGAGUGUGGAAAGAGCUUCACCUACAGCUCCAGCCUGAUCAGUCACCAGAGGAUCCACACUGGGGAGAGGCCCUACGAGUGUUCCAAGUGUGGGAAGAGGUUUCAGACCAGCUCCCAUCUCCUCCAGCACUAUCGGAUUCACACAGAGGAGAGGCCCUUCUGCUGCCCCGACUGUGGGAAGGAAUUCAAGGACAACUCCCAGCUCGUCAGUCACCAGAGGAUCCACACUGGGGAGAGGCCCUACGAGUGUGGGCAGUGCGGGAAGAGCUUCACCUGCAACUCCAGCCUGAUGAGGCACCAGAGAAUCCACACUGGGGAGAGACCCUAUGAGUGUGGGGAGUGCGGGAAGAGCUUCAGUGACAGCUCCAGCCUGAUCAGUCACCAGAGGAUCCACACCGGGGAGAGGCCCUACGAGUGUUCCAAGUGUGGGAAGAGGUUUCAGACAAGCUCCCAUCUCCUCAAGCACUAUCGGAUUCACACAGAGGAGAGGCCCUUCUGCUGCCCUGACUGUGGGAAGGGAUUCAACUGCAACUCUGGCCUCGUCACGCACCGGCGCAUCCACACCGGGGAGAGGCCCUAUGAGUGUCCCCAGUGUGGGAAGAGCUUCUCCUGGAGCUCGGAGCUGGUGCUCCAUGAGCAGCCCCAUGAUGGGGAGAAGCCCCACACGUGCGGGGAGUGUGGGAAGAGCUUCAGGCAGAACUCCAAGCUGAUCCAGCACCUGAGGACUCACACCGGGGAGAGGCCCUACGAAUGUGGUGAGUGUGGGAAGAGCUUCACUGACAGUUCCAGCCUGAUCACUCACCACAGGACCCACACAAGGGAGAAGCCCUACGAGUGUGGGGAGUGUGGGAAGAGCUUUAGGAGGAGUGCCAAUCUGCUCAGGCACCAGAUAAUCCACACUGGGGAGAAGCCCUAUGAGUGUGGGCAAUGUGGGAAGAGCUUCGGACACAGAGAGAGCCUGAUCCUGCACCAGAGGAUCCACACUGGGGAGAGGCUCUACGAAUGUGGGGAGUGUGGGAAGAGCUUCAGCUGCAGCUCCAGCCUGAUCAGUCACCAGGUUGUCCACACUGGGGAGAGGCCCUACGAGUGUGGGGAGUGUGGCAAAAGCUUCAGGUGGAGCUCUACUCUGAUCAGACACAAGAGGAUCCACACCGAGGAAUGGCCUUACAGUUGUGGAGAGUGUGGGAAGAGCUUCAGCGACAUCUCCAGCCUGACCUGUCACCAGAGGACCCACACUGGGGAGAGGCCAUACGAGUGUUCCGAAUGCGGGAAGGGGUUUGCGAGCCGCUCCAGCCUCAUCCAGCACUAUCGGAUUCACGCCGAGGAGAAGCCCUUCCGCUGCCCCGACUGCGGGAAGGGAUUCAUCCAGAACUCCCACCUCGUCAUCCACCGGCGCAUCCACACCGGGGAGAGGCCCUACGAGUGUGAUCAAUGCAGGAAGGGGUUUAUGACCAGCUCCAGCCUCCUCCGGCACUAUCGGAUUCACACGGAGGAGAGGCCCUUCCGCUGCCCCGACUGCGGGCAGGGAUUCAACCGCAACUCCACGCUCGUCCGGCAUCGUCGCCUCCACACCGGGGAGAGGCCCCACGAGUGUGGGGAGUGUGGGAAGAGCUUCGCACAGCGCUCGACUUUGACCAGACACCAACGGAGCCACCGCUAAGGGAAGCCCUGCGAGCGCCCCGAGUGCGGGAAGAGCUUCGUCCAGAGCUCGGAGCUGGUGCUCCAUGAGCAGCCCCAUGAUGGGGAGAAGCCCCACACGUGCGGGGAGUGUGGGAAGAGCUUCAGGUGGAACUCCAACCUGAUCCUGCACCAGAGGAUCCACACUGGGGAACGGCCCUACGAGUGUUCCAAGUGUGGGAAAAGGUUUAAGAUUAGCACCCAUCUCGUCCGGCACUAUCAGAGUCACACAGAGGAGAAGCCCUUCCGCUGCACGGACUGUGGGAUGGGAUUCAAGCGCAACUCCCACCUCGUCAGGCACCGGAGCAUCCACACAGGGGAGAGGCCCUACGAGUGUUCCAAGUGUGGGAAAAGGUUUAAGAUUAGCCCCAAUCUCGUCCGGCACUAUCAGAGUCACACAGAGGAGAAGCCCUUCUGCUGCACGGACUGUGGGAUGGGAUUCAAGCGCAACUCCCACCUCGUCAGGCACCGGCGCAUCCAUACUGGGGAGAGGCCCUACGAGUGUGGGGAGUGUGGGAAGAGCUUCAGGUGCAGCUCCAGCCUUAUCCUGCACCAGAGGAUCCACACUGGGGAGAGACCCUAUGAGUGUGGGGAGUGCGGGAAGAGCUUCAGGUGCAGCUCCAGCCUGAUCAGUCACCAGAGGAUCCACACUGGGGAGAGGCCCUACGAGUGUUCCAAGUGUGGGAAGAGGUUUCAAACCAGCUCCUGUCUCCUCAAGCACUAUCAGAUUCACACCGAGGAGAGGCCCUUCCGCUGCCCCGACUGCACGAAGGGAUUCAACCGCAACUCCGACCUCGUCAAGCACCGGCGCAUCCACACUGGGGAGAGGCCCUAUGAGUGUCCCCAGUGUGGGAAGAGCUUCAGGUGCAGCUCUAACUUGACCAAACACCGACGGAGGCACCUCUAAGGGAAGGCCUGCGAACGCCCCGAGUGCGGGAAGAGCUUUGUCCAGAGCUCGGAGCUGGUGCUCCAUGAGCAGCCCCAUGAUGGGGAGAAGCCCCACACGUGCAGGGAGUGUGGGAAGAGCUUCAGUAAUAGGUCCGACUUGAUCAAGCACCACAGGACCCACACAGGGGAGAGGCGCUACGAGUGUGGGGAGUGUGGGAAGAGCUUCAGCAAUAGCUCCAACCUUAUCAGGCACCAGAGGACCCACACUGAGGAGAGGCCCUACGAAUGUUCCAAGUGUGGGAAAAGGUUUAAGACCUGCUCCCAUCUCCUCCAGCACUAUCAGAUUCACACAGAGGAGAAGCCCUUCUGCUGCACGGACUGUGGGAAGGGAUUCAAGUGCAACUCCGACCUUGUCAUCCACCGGCGCAUCCACACUGGGGAGAGGCCCUACGAGUGUGGGGAGUGUGGGAAGAGCUUCAGGUGCAGUUCCAGCCUGAUCAAGCACCAGAGGACCCACACUGGGGAGAGGCCAUACGAGUGUUCCAAGUGUGAGAAGAGAUUUCAGACCACCUCCAAUCUCCUACGGCACUAUAUGAGUCACGCAGAGGAGAAGCCCUUCCGCUGCCCCGACUGUGGGAUGGGAUUCAACCUCAACUCCCGCCUCGUCAGCCACCGGUGCAUCCACAAUGGGGAGAGGCCCUACGAGUGUAGGGAGUGUGGGAAGAGCUUCAGGUGCAACUCCCACCUGAGGAGGCACCAGAGAAUCCACACUGGGGAGAGGCCCUACGAGUGUUCCAAGUGUGGAAAGAGGUUUCAGACCAGCUCCCAUCUCCUCCAGCACUAUCAGAGUCACACAGAUGAGAGGCCCUACCACUGCCCCGACUGCGCGAAGGGAUUCAAGCACAAUUCCGACCUCGUCACGCACCGGCGCAUCCACACUGGGGAGAGGCCCUACGAGUGUCCCAAGUGUGGGAAGAGCUUCUCACAGCGCAGUAACUUGACCCGACACCAACGGAGCCACCGCUAAGGGAAGGCCUGCGAGUGCCCCGAGUGCGGGAAGAGCUUUGUGCGCUGCUCCAGCUCCAUCCCCCUCUGGAGGAGCCACGCUGGGCACAGCCCUGGUGACCCACAUUCCCUGUGAUCCGUGCUGGGAACACACCUGGCUGCUUCUCCUUUUGCUUUGGCCUUAAUUUCUUUCUCUUCUCCAUCUCUCUGCAGUCCAAAAGCCAAGAGGGAUGGAUCUGUCUCUUCAAAACCACUCAAAUCCUACUGAAAAGAGCUUUAUUUUAGCCCAUAAAGGCUCAAUACUACCUCAAGAUGGCUUCUUCCCACCUCAGAAAAAACCUCAAACCCACACCAAACCCACUUGAUUCCACAGCCACCAGGCUGAGAUGGGGUUGGGAGGAGACUGGGAGAAGUGGGAUCCCAGUCGGGAGCAGUGUGAUGGGGAUUGUGGUGGGCUGGGUGUGUGGGAUGUAUUUGAUAGCAAAUAAAACUCGCAGAUUUUGGGAUUUCUUUCCCGUUCCUUUUCCUUCCGCGGCAGUUCUGGGUGUCCUCUUUUCUCUCCUGCCUCUCCUUCUCUGUCCCUGUCUCCCUUGACCCAGGGGCCUCCAAAUACCCUCCC